CAUAUUAUACACUGUGUUCCUCAUUACUGUUUCUAACCUUCAAUCAGCAUUUAAUAAUAAAUACGGAAAUAUGGGUGAUGUGAAGAAAGUUUUAUUUGUUUGCUUAGGGAAUAUUUGUAGGUCGCCAAUUGCCGAAGCUGUGUUUCUACAUUUGAUAAAACAGCGAGGUGUUAGCGAACAAUGGGAGGUAGAUAGUGCAGCUCUUGGAGGAUGGCACGUUGGUUCUUUGCCUGAUCGAAGGGCUCGUCAGACAUUGGCAAAGCAUUCCGUUGACUACGAUAAUACCGCUAGACAGAUUCAUCCAAACGACUUUGUUGAAUACGAUUACAUUUUCGGCAUGGACCUGAACAACAUCUCUGCUUUGAAUAGUGAAGCGAAGGAUGUUAAAAACAGUAAAGCUAAAAUUUUAUUGUUGGGUGAUUCUGAUCCACAAGGUGAACGCAUCAUACGGGACCCAUACUACGAUGACGAUUCGAAGGGAUUUGAGCAAUGUUAUCAACAAUGCAUGCGAUGCUGUAACGCUUUUCUAGAUCAAAAUCAGUAAACGGAUUCAAUCAGGGAA